AACAAACGCCCGGCAGAAUCCUCACCAGGGAACAAGUCCAUAUCUGCUCAUCAGACGAUGGCAAAUAGCUCAGCAGCCCGCGUGACUCCAGCGAAGAGGCAAAAGACUACCAACAGCCAAUCUCGAACGUCCCAAAUAUCCGAAUCUACAGAUUGGAAUACACUUCUGCCCUCUGGAAAUGAAUUUAAAAAAAUCUUGAAGGCUGCCUUAGUUGCCUUAGCACGGCAAAUCAAGAGGUUUGAGCAGCUCUUAACAUCCAUCAAUGAUAAACACCGCAGCCUUGCCGCAGAUAAGCGCAGUUGCUAUUCCAAGAAGGAAGAGCUAGCGAAAAGCUUGGAAAAGGCUCAGGAAUCCCUUAAGGAUGUUGAGAAAUCAAUAGCUACCAACAAUAACGUGUUAAUAGCUCUCGAAAACGUCUACAACCAUCCAGGGGACAAAGAAUUUCACACGUUCUUAGACAAACGAAGGAAGACUAUCAGCGAACAUCAAGAGAUGUAUACGAUCGUCACAAGCCAAUUGGAUAGGAGUUCAGCUGAACUUCCUGAGACUGAAGGUGAGAUUGAGCUGGUGACUAUGAGCAGUGUUGCUAAUAAUAUAAACAAUAUGAUAUUGCCAAUAUGGACCCCUUCGCAAUAUUAUUGUAUUGUCAAGGGGUGCAUAUUGUAUUACCCAAUAUGA